AUGGGGGGAACGCGGGAGCGGGAGAUCCGCCAGCUCCAGAAGGCCAAGGAGAAAGCCCAGAGGAAGGGAGACCUCCAGGAAGAAGCGGCCCUCUGUAACCAGCUGGGCGAGAUCUUGGCUCGCCACGGGCGCUUCCAGGAGGCUCUGGAGGAGCACCGGCAGGAGCUGCGCCUCUUGGAGAGUGUGGGUGACGUCCUCGGCUGUGCUGUGGCCCACCGGAAAAUUGGGGAGCGCCUGGCGGAGCUGGAGAGCUACGAGGCGGCUCUGAAGCACCAGCGCCGCCACUUGGAGCUGGCGCAGUCUCUCCACAACCACAUCGAGCAACAGAGGGCCUGGGCCACCCUGGGCCGGACGUACAUGUUCAUGGCCGAGAGCGAUGCUUCGAGUGGGGCCCUGCAGGAGGCGGAGAAGGCCUUCGCGAAGAGCCUGGCGAUUAUCGAGGAGACACUGGACGGGGAAGUGCCGCAGCGCGAGGUGAGCGAGAUGAGGGCCCGGCUCUACCUGAACCUCGGCUUGGUCCACGACAGCCUGAAGAACCCGGCCAAGUGCAGCGACUACAUCAAGAAGAGCAUCUACAUCUCGGAGCAGACUCACCUGUACGAGGACCUCUACCGGGCCUACUUCAACCUAGGCAACAUCCACCUGCGGGAAGGUGAGCAUUCCAAAGCCAUGCGCUGCCUGGAGAGGGCGCGGGAGUGCGCUCGCAAGAUGAAGGAGAAGUUAAUGGAGAGUGAGUGCUGCGCGAGCCUUGGCCAGGUGCUGCUGAGCCUGGGGGACUUUGUGGCCGCUAAGCGCUUCCUGAAGAAGGCCUACCUGUUGGGCUCCCAGCAGCCCCAGCAGCGGGAGAGCGUCUGCCACAGCUUGCGCUACGCCAUGAAGGUGAGCUCCCUGCAGCAGGCCCUGGAGGAGGCGGAGGCAGCCAGCAACCUGCAGACGGCCCUGGCCCUGUGUGAGCAGCUGGGGGACCUCUUCUCCAAGGAGGGGGAUUAUCGGCGCGCUCUGGAGGCCUACAAAGAACAGCUGCAGCAUGCUGAGGCUUUGAGGCGCCCGGGACAGGAGCUCGCUGUGAUCCACGUGUCUCUGGCUGCCACUUUUGGAGACCUGAAAGAUCACGCUCAGGCAGUGCACCACUAUCAGGCAGAGCUGGCGCUGCGGCAGGGGAACGCUCUGGAGGGGAGAUGGGAAGCCAAGACUUGGCUGAAUAUCACCCUGGCCAAGGAGGAGGCCCGAGAGAGCUACGAAGCCCUAGAGCCCUGCUUCCAGAAAGCUCUGCAGAGGGCGGAGACGGCUGGUGACCUCCGACUGCAGUGUCAGGUCCUGCGGUCUUUCCACGCCUCGCAGCAGAGAUGCGGGUGCCCCGAGGCCUCGGCCACCCUGGCCCAGCUGGAGGACCUCCGCGGCUGCCUGGGCCAGCGCCCGGAUGGGGAGGCGGGCGAGGAAGAGGAGGAGCUGCAGAGCAGCGAGCCCUUGGAAGAGAGCGACCUGGAGCUCUCCGGCAGCGGUGAGAGCAGGGCGGAGCAGCCCCCACCUACUCCACAGGAGGAGGACCUGGAGGGCUACGGCAAAAGCGUCCCUGGCCGGCGCAACGUCAGCAAGUGGAACCAGCGGAACGACAAGGGUGAGACCUUGCUGCACCGAGCCUGCAUCGACGGCAACCUGCGCCGGGUCCAGUUCUUCUUGGAGAAGGCUCACCCUGUGAACCCUCGGGACUAUUGCGGCUGGACCCCGCUGCACGAGGCCUGCAACCACGGGCAUCUGGAGGUCGUCCGCUUGCUUUUGGACCACGGGGCCAACAUCGACGACCCUGGGGGCCCCGGCUGCGAGGGCAUCACCCCCCUCCACGACGCCCUCAACUGCGGCCAUUUCGAUGUGGCGGAGCUGCUGAUCCACAGAGGGGCCUCCGUGGUUCUGCGUAACGGCAAGGGCCUCAACCCUUUGGGUACUCUCCAGGAGUGGGGGCGUCUAUACGGUCGGGAUCUGGACCGGGAAACUCGUGAGCGCAGCAAGGCCAUGGAGCAGCUAAGGCCGGCAAAGAGGAAGCCAUGUAUCUUUGGCCAGGAGCCGCAAAGGGCUGAGGAGGAGCAGGUGUUGGGCCAGGCUGGGCAGGAGGAGACUGGCUUGGCAGCCACAGCAGAGUACCAGGCAGCCAUGCGGCACGUGGGCAGUGCCCAGUCCUGUCUGCCACGGACCCCUGAGCGCACGAGGCCCUCGGACGGGCGAGCCCUGAUCCCCGCCGAGGACUACGUGGGCGACGAUUGGCUGGAGGACGACGUGGGGCCGAGCCGCAGGUCCCGCAAAAGAAGCCGCCCAGGUCGCGACGAGGACUCCGGGUCCGAGUCGGAGGAAGCCUCGGGGCCCGAGAGCGAAAGCGAGGGAGAAGCACGCAAGGAAGAAGCUGCAAGGAAGAAGCGGCGGCGGGUCAGGCAGAGCCGCCUCACCCAGAUCGUGGACAGGGUCCCCCUGGGCAGGACGCGAGGGGGUGGCCCGACAGCGAGCCCAGAGCGGCCAGCAAAUGACCCUGGUCCCCUCUGGGGGGCGGGGGGCAGCAGCCCGGUCUACAGCAGGACGGGGGGUUGCGAGAGCCCACCCCCAGGCCCAGCAGCACAGCAUCCCGUUCCCCCAGCCCCAAUCCGGGUGCGAGUUCGGGUGCAUGAGAACGUCUUCCUUAUCCCCGUGCCCCACAGCGGCAGCGACAGCCGGCCGGUGUCCUGGCUGGCGGAUCAGGCCUCUCAGCGCUACUACCAGAUGUGUGGGCUGCUGCCGCGCCUCACCCUCAAGAAGGAGGGGGCCCUCUUGGCACCCGAGGACCUCAUCGUGGACGUCUUGCAGAGCAACGAGGAGGUGUUGGCGGAGGUGCAGUCCUGGGACCUGCCGCCCCUUCUGGAGAGGUACCGCAAGGCUUGUCGGAGCCUGUCUGUGGGAGAACACCCGCUGCUGCUGAAGACGCUGGAGCGCCAGGAGUCGGGCCCCUCGUUCCGCGCCCCGGGCGUGGCCCUGCGUGGCCUCCACCUCACUCCCCUCCUGAGGGCGCUCAAGCGGCAGACGGCCAUCCGGCGCCUCGGCCUCUCUGGGACCGGCCUGGGGGACGACUCGGCCGCAGAGCUGCUGGCCACCCUCAGCACCAUGCCUGGCCUGAAGACCCUGGACCUCUCCGGCAACCGGCUGGGCCCCGAGGGGCUGCAGAGACUGGCGCAGGGGGGGCCGGCUGGCCCAGUCACCUUCCAGAACCUGGAGGAGCUGGACCUGAGCCUGAACCCGCUGGGCGACGGCAGCUCCCCGGCCUUGGCAGCGCUGCUCCAGGCCUGCCCCCUCCUGAGCAGCCUCCGCGUGCGGGCCUGCGGCUUCACCCCGGCCUUCCUGCAGCAGCACCACCCUCUGGUGGCCGGCGCCCUAAGAGGAGCCGUGCACUUGAAGAAACUGGCCGUGUCCCACAAUGCACUGGGCUCCCCGGGCCUCCGUCUGCUCCUCCAGAGCCUGCCGGGCGCUGCCCUCACCCACCUGGACCUCGGCUCCGUGGAGGCACCGACAGGAGACCCCCAGCCGCUGUGGGACGUGGUGGUCCAGUACCUGGCGCAGGUCACCCACUUGACGUUGUCUGGGAACCGCCUGACUGACGAGGCCAUUGCAGCGCUGGCCAGGUGCCUCCCAGCUUGCUGCUCGCUGGACUCCCUGGAUUUGUCCGCCAACCCGGACAUCGGCAUCGUGGGCCUCCGGACGCUGCUGACGGCCCUGGAGGAGCGGCAGAAGGGCCUCCGGUUCCUCGGCCUGGCUGGCUGCUCCGUGAGGGGCCCCGUGGACUGCACCACCUGGAACAAGCUCUCGGCCCACGUCCGUCACCUGCAGCUCUGCACGCGCCACCUCAGCCCCAGCGACCAGCGGGACGUGGAAGAGCUGUGGCCCCACCCGCCCGACACGGCUCUCCGCACGGUCACACGGCAGCACAAGCUCUUCUGCCAGUGCCUGGCUCCUGGAUCGCCGGGGACAGACGCACCGGCGCUCGAGUGACGCUCCCGGCCAACGCUGGGGGACUCCUGCCCCACACGGACCCCAGCC